AACCUUAUAAAUUUGUGCAGUAGUUAAGAUGCUACGUACACUUAAAAACAAAAAUAAGAUUUUUUGAAGCAAAAAGUGAAAGAAAAUGAAACCCAAUAAAUAAAAAGAAGAAUCAAAUAGCGUAUUGUCCUUCAACACUCAGACAAGACAACCAGAGAGCAGCCCUUCGGAGAUCUCAAGGGUCUUGUUCUUCUUCGACCCUCGUUUUCUCCGAACACUUUCUCUUUCCCUUAUUAACCCAACCCAACAACCUUUUACUCACUCUUUCUCUCUCACCACCAACCAAAACCCUCUUUCUUCAUCAAUCAAUCAAUCGCUGUUAUCAUGGCUACUCUUUAUUCAACUAAUUGUCGUUCAUUUCCAUCUUCUUCUAUGUCUUCCAAUCAAUCUGUUGGUUUUGCUAAUCGAUUUUUUGUUAACAAUGUUUCUUUUAAAUCUCAAACCCAUUUGUUACAACAGAUUUCAGUUCAUACCCAACAACAAGAUGGUGCAAUUGCAUCCAGUGUAAUCCCUGUUGAAAGCAACAAUAUUGGCAAGCGAUUGAGUCCUGAAUUGUUGUCGGUUACAUCCUCCACAGAGUCUCAAGGUGAAGCUAGUUUUGAAAAGGAUGCGAAUGGGUGCACUGUUAGUAUAACAGUUGUCGGAGCUUCUGGAGACCUUGCCAAGAAGAAGAUAUUUCCGGCACUCUUUGCACUUUACUAUGAGGGUUGUCUACCUGAGCACUUCACCAUUUGUGGUUAUGCUCGAAGUAAGAUGACUGAUGCCGAACUGAGAAAUAUGGUUAGCAAGACUCUCACCUGCAGAAUUGAUAAGAAAGAAAACUGCAGUGAAAAGAUGGAUCAAUUUCUUAAAAGAUGUUUCUAUCAUUCUGGUCAAUACGAUUCUCCAGAAAACUUUGCAGCACUAGACAAGAAGCUGAAGGAACAUGAGGAUGGGAGAACUUCUAAUCGCCUAUUUUAUCUUUCAAUUCCUCCUAAUAUAUUCAUAGAUGCUGUAAAAUGUGCAAGCUUGUCAGCAUCGUCUGGUAACGGUGGUUGGACUAGAGUCAUUGUUGAAAAGCCUUUUGGUCGUGAUUCAGAAUCCUCAGCCGCUUUAACAAGAUCGUUCAAGCAGUAUCUAACCGAGGAUCAAAUUUUCAGGAUUGAUCACUAUCUUGGAAAAGAGCUUGUGGAAAAUCUUUCUGUUCUCCGAUUCUCAAAUCUCAUUUUUGAACCAUUAUGGUCAAGACAAUACAUAAGAAAUGUACAGCUGAUAUUCUCAGAAGAUUUUGGCACUGAAGGACGUGGCGGGUACUUUGACAAUUAUGGUAUAAUUAGAGAUAUUAUGCAGAAUCAUCUACUUCAAAUACUAGCCCUCUUUGCGAUGGAAACACCUGUUAGUUUGGAUGCGGAGGACAUUAGAAAUGAAAAGGUCAAGGUUCUUCGAUCAAUGAGACCGAUUAAACUUGAGGAUGUAGUUUUAGGCCAAUAUAAGAACCACACAAGAGGAGAUGUUGUAUAUCCAGCCUACGUUGAUGACAAAACUGUACCAAAGGACAGCUUAACCCCAACAUUUGCUGCAGCUGCCCUCUUCAUUGAUAACGCAAGAUGGGAUGGGGUACCUUUUCUGAUGAAGGCUGGGAAAGCAUUACACAACAAAAGAGCUGAGAUACGGGUACAGUUCAGGCAUGUGCCGGGAAAUCUGUACAAACGGAAUUUCGGGGCAGAUCUUGAUCAGGCUACAAAUGAACUUGUCAUAAGAGUUCAGCCUGAUGAAGCUAUUUAUUUGAAAAUCAACAACAAAGUACCAGGACUAGGAAUGAAGUUGGACCGCAGUAAUUUGAAUCUUCACUAUGCAGCAAGAUACUCAAAGGAGAUACCAGAUGCAUACGAAAGGCUGCUUCUUGAUGCAAUUGAAGGAGAAAGAAGACUAUUUAUACGCAGCGAUGAACUCGACGCUGCUUGGUCACUCUUUACGCCUGUGCUGAAUGAGAUAGAAGAGAAAAAGAUAACUCCGGAGUACUAUCCUUAUGGUAGUCGUGGUCCUGUCUGCGCUCACUAUCUUGCAGCCAGAUACAACGUACGAUGGGGAGACCUCGGAUUAGAUGUAGAACAAUAAUCGUUAACACUUUGUCGCAUUUAUGAUCAGCCUCAGAUGUUAGGUAACACAUGUCGAUUUGCGGCUUCUUGUUGGAGUGCAAUUUUCUUUUUAUAAUGAAUAUUGGUAUGGUAGGGAUACAUGAAACCAUGUAAAGUAAUAAAGCAUUAAAAUGAAGAAUAGUGUAACGAAGCAUUGAGAUUUUUCAUUUAUUUAUAGUUUUGGUUUGGUGGAGGGGAUUCAAGGGAUUGAGAUGGUAAAUGCUUCAUGUAAUAUUCAUUUGAAUGUAUUUUGAUUGGAGUGAAUCAUAGAUUUAGGCAUUGAGUUUGUAGGUGUUGUACAAUUUGGUUUUUAAAAUUAUGAAAUUUCAGAUCACAGUAUCUAAAAUUGUUUCAAAGA